AUGUCUUCUUCCAACGCCAGCCAGCAGAGAGAUAGAAUAUCUACACAGCAAUACCAAUGUGAUCAAUGUGUCUUGUUUUUUGAUAACUAUCAGAAGCUGCAAAACCACAAGAGAAUUCACAGAGGAGAUUCAGCAACAAUGACUGAAAUUGACCAGUCUAUUCUGGAUGAUAUUGACAUGUACCAUGACGAAAAUGAUACUAGUAAUGAAGAUGAAUCUGUUAGCAAUUCAGAAUAUACUAUGGAGUCUAUGGAGCUUGAUAAUACUAUUUCAUAUAAGUGCACAUGUAAUUUUGAGGACAGUGAGGGUGAAGCUCACAUUUACGACAGCAGCCAAAUCAGUACAAAUACUUUUACCAAGGCCGAGUUGAUGAGUAUUCAUCUGUCUCAAUUGAUGCUACAGCAUAGAAUUGCUAGAGCAGCAUAUAGAGACAUUGUUCAAUUUAUAAACACUGUCAUCCGAGACCAUGACGAUAUAAUGAUGGAACCUGGGGCUAAGAUCAGUCAUGGCGAAACUGUUGAUGCUUUGCUCAAGUCAAAGUCAAGUGUCAAGGGCCAUGAGUAUGAUGUCUGCUCUAGUGGUUGUCGAUUGUAUGGCAUUAAUGACGACCAGGAAUCUUGUGUUGACUGCGGCAAACUGCGAUACAAGACUGAUCCCGAUCAAAGUCAGACACCAGCCGCCAGUAUGAAACUUAUGUCAGUUGGGGAUAUGCUUUCUCAAAUGUUGGCAGAUCCAGCCACAAGAGAACUCCUCUGUUACAGAGCAAACCGGGAAUCUGUAGCUGGUCAGCUAACCGACAUUUUUGAUGGUGACAAUUACAAGCAGUUGGUGCAGCAGGGCCUGUUCUCCAAUCCCGAUGAUAUUGCCAUUGGGCUUUAUACCGAUGGGUUUGUCAAUCAAAAGAAAGGCAAAAACUCAUAUACCAUCAUCCAUUGCAUAAUAUUCAACCUAGACCCAUCCAUCAGACGGCAUGGCAUGUACUUUGAUGACAUUGCCGCCCGGUUAAGACCUUUGGAAGACUUCAAAGUAGGCAACCCUUCGAAGAACAUAUACCAGCCGAGCAUGUAUACCCAACUCUCAACCUUCUCUGGAUCAUCAUUUUUUGCAUUAGAUGAACUUCAUUUAAUUGCAAGAGGGAUUGGAAAGCUUGUGUAUAACCUGAUUACCGUCACCCUCACAAAGGAAACCAAAUUUUAUUAUACCCAUCCAGACAAUACCCUCAAUACCACCGAAUACCCUUUUCAUAUACCAAGAGCAGACCUUGUAACAAUUGGAAACUGUAUCACCAGCUCACAAAAAUAUAUACCCACCUCAUUUCAAGGCAGUUUCAACAACAUAUUUGCCAAGAUUGAUGGUACUUGCGCAGUGGACUGGCUUGACUUUCUCUUAUACCUUGUCCCCACUUUGGUCGUGCCUUAUUUACCAAAUAGGGCUGUCAAAACAGCUCUAUUAUCUCUCGUGAAAGGUUGCGCGCUUGCCUUGCAAUGGACGUUGACAUCAGAAUUGCUUGAUGAGAUGGAGUCAUACUUCAAGCACUGGCACUCGUUUUUAUACCAACAAGUCCAGAAUAAUACUCUGUCUCAUAGUGUUUUCCGACCAGUGCAACAUUACCUGGUCCAUAUACCCUAUAUCAUCAAGCAGCAAGGCCCCCUGCAAUGCUACUCCACUCGCUCAAUGGAGAGAGUAAUUGGCGUCUUCUCGAAAUUGAUAAAGUCCAAAUCAAAGGGUGGCCGAAACACCAGUUUUCUCGUUGAGCGAUUUGCAAUUCACAAUUAUACCAGCACAGCAAUCAGCAUCUGUGAUGAAAUCAACCUCAUUCGGCCAAAGCCAUAUGGAAGAGAGAGCUACAUGGACCUUCCUAAUGAUCCUAGUGGUGCGCAGUUGUGGGAGCCAUUUCAUCAGUUUGUUAAUUUGAACAAUGAUUUGGUGGAAGGUGUAGGCGGCCCUAGUGUGAAGGAAGCUUUAUUGAAAUACUACCGGAGAACAACAGGCUUGACUGGCCACGAGUUUGGUGACUCUGUUGUUGUUGUAGCUGCACGUCUGUGGAUGGACUCGACUGUAUAUUCCUCAUGCAUGUACCGAAGAAAGAAAAACGAGACCAGGUGUGGCAACCAUUACGUGAUGUUUACUUGCUCCUAUAGAAACAACCGUAAUUUCUACUUUCAGCAUAUAGAUUUCAAUGACUCCCCACACUUUCUUGCUUUCAUGGAGGUCAUGAAGGAACAUGACGCGGCUGGCCAUGACUCAUCAGUACCUAUUGUCAAACAAUGGUCACAAAGCACCCGUAAACUAGGCCACCAAACGCAGCCGACUUAUGCAGUUAUAAGUGUAAAUGACAUUUGUCAUCAGGUUGGUCUGGUCCAAUACCCACCAAAUGGAAACCAGUUUUAUGUAAUCGCGCCCUAUUAUAUCUUUAACAACAACAUGUGCAUUACUAAAGUACAUGUUAGCCAACGACCUCCUUCUAUAUUUUAUGCUAUGGAAUUUGAAAAAUACGAGAUGAAUAUAUUUUCAAGAAUCCAGAGGAUAAGGUUCAGCUUUAAAGACUUAGAUAGCUGUUAA